AUGCAGCAGGUUUUCCGCUCAACGACAAAUACCAUUGGAUUUAUCUAUGAUUGCGUUGAGACGAUGUACGCGUCUGAAGCUAUUAAAGAAUUGGAAACGAAAAGUGAAAAGACGCUGGAAAUUAGAAAAGACGAACUCGGAGACCCAACCAAGAACGAAAACGAUGCUGGAUUCUAUGUUACAAUCAAGAAAAAUGCGAGCUCUCCAACGUUGAAUUUGGCUAAUUUUAAAGAUGAGAUGAAACGAGAUCUGAGUGAAAACAAUAAGGAAGUGAGCAACUUCAUAAAUCUCCUUAACAGCUAUCAUGCUCGAGAAAUUGGGUUUACGGUGUUCGGUUCUGGAAUAAUUUUCAAAAUGGAUAAAACGAUCGUGGAACAUAUAAACGGUCACGAGGAUUUCGAAGGAUAUGAUAAGGGCGUCAAGAUUAUUGAUCAAAGAGUAUCAAAUGAUCUUGUACCGACUCCUGCAUUUUCGGUAGAUGUAAAAGCCGGAACCUUUUUCAAACCCAUAACGAUGGAGCAGAGUUUACUACAAUACUUCGGAAUAACUCAAAGUGGUUUGGCUGAACCGCGGGGAGACCUACUACCGCGAAUGAGUCGAUAUGUGAAAGGCCUCAGCUUCUGCGCUAAUUACUCUGGCAGGGUGUACACUUGUUCCGGUCUUAGUAACGUACCAAUUUCCCAAAUCAAAUUCAUUCGCGAUGGGAAAGAAAUAACCGUCGCUGAAUAUCUUAAAGGAAAUUCAAAAAUUAAAAGAUUGAAUGUUCGAUAUCCUGGUGUUCGCGUUUUGAAAACCAAUAUAAAAGAUGGUGUGAAACAGACCGCAGAGCUUAUCUUUCCUUUAGAAGAAUGUCAGAUUCUGAAAAAUCAACGUGUUCCAAGAGAAAAGCAAUCUUUAAAAGGCCCUUUGCUUAAACCAUUCGUAAGAUUUCCUAAAAUAAGCCAAUCGUUUAAUAAUAUGCAACUUAACCGUGAACACUACAAGGCGUUUUUUAAAUUGUUUGGUGUUUCUCUUUCGACUACCCCAAAAAGUGUCACUGCCAUUCCUCGAAAUGCGCCGGGAAUCUUCGCCGAAAAAGGAAGCGUUAAUAUGAAACAAUCGACUUGGUUUUUGACUGCCAACGAUUUUCUUGUCAAAGGCUCUCGAAGAUUCAUUGAUAUCAUUUUUACGAGUAAAGCACAAUCUCAAGUGGAAAAUAUAACUCGCAUGAACGUUAUUCGAAAACUUAACCUUAAAAUGGGAGGAUUGAACUACCGUGUCGUUCCAGAAGCUUGCGCACGGGACAAAUGGAUCUCUAAUGAAAAUAUGUUGAUCGUCUCUUACGACGUUGCUCACCCUGGACGAGUAAAUACGAAUGAGGCGGUGAUGGUGCCUAGCGUCGUUGGCUUCUCAUUCAACGGAGCUUCUCAUAAAGAAGCCUUUAUUGGUGAUUUUCAUUACCAGUAUCCGAAAAGAGAACAAGUGGAUUCCAAUAUUCUCAAAACAAGAAUGAAAUGGAUGGUUGAAAAGUUUUUGAAAAAUCGCAACAAAUAUCCUGGAAUGAUUCUGAUUAUUCGCGACGGUGUUUCUGAAGGACAAUAUCCAAUGGUGAUGACAGAAGAACUCACUGCGAUUCGUAAAGCAUGCCAAGAGAUAAUAAACGAGAAAAACGUCAAGGGCUGGUCGCCAAAGUUCUCACUAGUGAUUGCUACAAAGAGAAAUUCGUCAAGAUUCUUUCUACAGGAGGGAAAUAAUAUCUCAAAUGUGAAGCCGCUGACUGUAAUUGAUCGAGAUGUGACGCGCCCUAACAUUAAUGAAGCAUAUAUUGUAUCAGCGAGGGCAAUUAACGGAACAUCAAAACCGGUCUGUUAUCAAUUGCUCGUAGAUGAGAUCGGCUUCAAAAAUAUGGAUGAGUUCGAGGCAUUUAUGUUGGCGUUGACUUUUCAUCAUCAAAUUUGCGAAAGUCCCAUUUCACUACCCGAGCCUGUUUAUCAAGCCGACGAAUUUGCCAAACGCGGAAACGCCCUGUGGAAGGCAUACGAAAGCACUGCACCACUUCUUCUAAAAGAAGACGGAUCCGCAGACUUUGAAAGAAUGACGGAACGGUUGGCUUAUUGGCACUCAACACUCGAAAAUAUGCGAAUUAAUGCCUGA